AUGACCUCUAGUAUUCCCACGACCCAGCUGGGCCGUCGCAACUUCUGGAGCUCGAUCCGCGAUCCCGUCACCUGCGUCGCUGCCGGAGUUCCUCAGCGCCUCCUACUGCGAAACCGCAUCGCGGGCAGCCGGUCGCCUUUAAAACCGCCGUACCACGAGAGCACUCGGCUUUUCCACUUUUCCGGGCACACAUUUCGACCAUAUCCCGACCUGGGCCAUGUUGGGAACGGCUCUGUUGCCGGCAGCCGGUUGCUCCUUCGGUACAGCCUCUCAUCCCAGGCGGGAACGGCUUUGACAACAUGGAAAGUAGCACCUGGUUCGCCGCUAGCAGGAUACUUUGGGCAGAAGGCCAGGCUCAGCCAUGCCGCCCGGCAAUUCUGGCUCGGGAGCACGCAAAAGAGCAAUCGGCGAGGGAUAGCUCCUGCGUUGGGUAGAAGAGCUCAAAGCUCAAGCCCAGGUGGUGCCGGGGAUAAGAAUAAGGCCUCCAACUCCCAACAACAACCAGAGCCAGAGCAUCAUGUUUCGCACAAGACAUCGACCCCCGAGGCUUCCGACCACGAGUCGCUCGCAAAUUCCAUGUCCAGAUAUCUGCACCUUCCGAAGAUGCCGCAUCGGCCGACUAAGGAGGAGCUGCUCGCUGCAGCCAGUGGAUUUCGUGAACGCCUCAAAGUGCGCUUUAAAUGGUUCUCCAUCAGGAGCAUGAGGCCUUGGAAUGCUGACGAAUGGGGCGCGUUUGUGUCCUGGUUCCUGUUUGGACACAUUGUUUGGAUUUUGGUCGGCACCACCACAUUUUUCUCCCUUGUGAUAUUCACUAUCAACACCGUAUUUGCUCAAGAAACGCUGGCGAAAUGGACUGGCGACUAUCUUACAAAAUCUGCCGGCCUGACCGUUGUCUUCGAAUCAGCCAUCGUCCCGAAAUGGAAGGACGGUGUCAUCACUUUCCGGAACGUCUUCGUAUCUCGAAGGCCUGGGCAGCGUAAAUCGACCGUGAUGAAAGGAUCUUCAAACGCUGCGGCGGAAGCGGCAGCGGCAAGGCACGCAGACCAAGGGCUGGCUAUCGUUGAAGAAGACGAGGAUGACGGCAACUACACUCAAUUCGACGUGACCAUCGACACCAUAAAUGUCACAUUAUCAUUCAUCAAGUGGUGGAAUGGCAAAGGCCUUCUGAAGGAUGUCGAGGUCAAGGGGGUCCGGGGUGUCGUUGACAGGACAUCGGUACACUGGAACCCUAGUGGUCUGGAUCCUUUCUCGUACAGGCACGAGCACAACCCUGGUGAUUUUGAACUAGAUUAUUUCAAGUUGGAAGAUCUGCUGGUCACGAUACACCAGCCCGGGGGCUUCCGCCCCUUCUCCCUCUCUAUCUUUUCUUGCGAGCUGCCCCAGCUCCGAAAGCAAUGGCUUUUUUACGACUUUCUGUCUGCAUCACACAUGUCGGGCGCUUUUGACGGGUCUCUGUUCACCAUACACCCCCGGCAGAUCCAUGGCGUUUCUCCAGCCGAUAGAAAGGGGGAGGAUGAAUUCGGUCCACCCUCCGCCUGGAAGAAGUUCUCCCGGCUACGCAUCGACGGGCUUAAAAUUGACCACCUGAACCGGGGCGUCGAUGGGCCCUUUGGCUGGAUAUACGAAGGGAAUGUUGAUAUAGUCGCCGAUGUGAUGUUCCCCUCAGAUCCCGCCGAAGGCAUCGGUAAGGUGGUGGCCGACUUCUAUGACAAGAUGGAGGAAGCCGUGACGAGCAACCGGUACCUCAGGAUCCUAGAUAAUACCAGCAGCGACACCCGCAGCCCGCCGCUAGAUGCCGAUAUCACCGAUGGCACCAAUCCGGGGGCAUCCUAUGAUGAUGCCCUUCCGCAAGACUCAUCAAAUUCCUUACCGUUAUCACCCGCAUCUCCUACCAUCCCGAGCAUCCCUAGCACCGUUGUCACCCCGCCACCCACUUCAACAUCAACAGACGAACAACGGCAAGCGCAAACACAACCCGAAGAGGAAAACCCCUCCUACGUAGUAAUGGACAUGCGUAUCCAUCUCAACGACGUGCGCGCCGCCGUGCCGCUCUUCAACAACCGCCACAUCAGCUAUGUCAACCAGGCCCUGGUGCGGCCUAUCGUCGCCUACAUUAACGCCAAGCGCACCUACAUCCCCAUCAAUUGCCGCAUCGUGAAGCGCCUCACCGACUUUGACGGCUCAUGGACCGUGUGGGACUGCGGCCUGCUGGACGAUACCAGCGCCGAAGUGUACUCUGCCUUUGCCCGCAACGUUGAGGACCAGCAGAGCAGAGUGAGACGGUUCAAGAGGGUCGGCCUGUGGACGGUGAGUCUGGUGGUGCAGGCCCUCUUGGCCGGUGUGGCGGGGGAUCUGAUGUAG